CCGCGCAUAAUAGCGCCGGGGUUUCGUCUUUGUCCGUGCGAAUAAUCGCGAUUUGAGGAACCCGCGUAGCAGGCUUACCUUCAUCAGUCGAUUACCGAGGGUUAUACCACGUGUAUGCGCGUCGCAAGUGAGUUUCGCGUAUUUCCGCGGCAGUCGCGUGUGCAUCGCAUUUUAUACGCAACACAGUGUCCCCUCGUUCGUUUUGUCCCGUCAUUUAUCGGCGUCAAUCGCUUCCGGUUUACAACCGCGUAUAUACCCUAGAAAUCACGGAAAAAUUCGCCAUGUCGCGUAAAUACUUCGCCGAAACUCCCGUUUACAUCGUCGAAAAUCACGACGAGAUUUUGCCGUUCGUUUAUCGUUGCUUAGGUUCUAAGCAUCUUCCGUUCGAAGGAAACACCUUUAUCCACCUCGAUUCUCACCCCGACAUGCUAAUACCGAAAGAUAUGCAGGCGGACGUUGUCUGGGAUAAGAACGAACUUUUCGAUGAAAUCAGUAUAGAGAAUUGGAUGCUUCCGGCGGCGUAUGCGGGUCACCUGAAGCACCUGAUCUGGGUGAAGCCGCCCUGGGCAACGCAGAUGCAAGACGGAGUCUCCACUUUCUUAAUCGGGAAGCACAAGGACAACGGAUGCAUAAGGCUGACCAGCUCCGAGGCAUAUUUCGUUAGCGAAGCGCUUUACGCACUUCCUGAAGAACUCGAGAACGUGAAAGAAGUCACUUUGCACGUGAUUACUAUUGGCUCUUUCAUGGAAGAUCCGACAAAGAAGGACGAUUUUCCGGCGAUCACCGCGUCUCUCCGUCGUUACCUUCCGGAAAGCGAUACCCCGCUGAUUCUUGAUGUCGAUCUGGAUUUCUUCAGUACGAAAAAUCCGUUCCGAGAUCUCUACGAACGUGCCGGCCUGUAUGAUCGUCUGGCACCGCUUUACGCCUUUGAUCGCCCCCAUACGUCCGAUCCUCAGCUCCUGAAGGAGGCUGUUGCAGCGAGAGACGAGCAGCUCAACGAACUCAAGGCGCUCUUCGAUCAUCUCCAGGAGCACCGGAGUCUACGAGAAUACGAAAGAACCGGCAACACUCGUCGGUACGAAGAAGUCGAGCGUAUCUUUCGGGAAGUCACCGCGGUUUACAAGGAGUCGGAAGUCGACUGGACACUUGUCCACGACGCUGGAUGCACAAGGGACGACACGGACCUGCCGCAUCACGUGACUACCCAGCAGGACUUGAGCCGUCUGAUAACCGGAACAUUCAGAGCUUUUCUCGCCGCUCUACCAGCGCCACCGACAAUAGUGACAAUCGCAAGGUCGAGCCUGGACGAUUAUUGCCCUCCCGAGGACGUGGAUCUUAUUCAAACCAGAGUUCUCGACGAGUUGCGUCACCGCCUAGGAACCGUCGACAUCAAACUUGCCUAUCAGGAGCUGCAGGAAUCUCCUUGAAUACUACGAAUAGCCUUCCUUACUUGCGCCUCGUACAUGUAAUCCUUCGAAUUGCAUUUUUAUGGAAACUUAUGUUCUUACUGCGCAUUUUUCUCUGAGGUAUGGAAUAAAGGCAUGAAAAAUAA